GAACGCCCUGUGGCAACCUGGACCAGAUCAUGAUCUACUAUGCCAAGACCGGCAUGGGCACGCGCUACGACCCAAAGACGAAGCAGGUGUCCUACGUUCCGCUCGGCGUGGACACCAACGAGUUCAGAAUAGCUGCUCUGCACACCGGUACCGUCCGCCAUGGUUUGGAGAAGACCACCUAUGCUGUGCGGGUGAAG